AUGCAAACUCUAAUAAGGCCAUAUACAGUGGGAAAUAGUUUUAGAGCAGAGACCCAGAUCUUUACCGUGAAGCUGCAUCUAAACCAGACUGUGAAUUGUGGGCUGUGGCACUUGGAGAAGCAAACUCAGAAUAAAACUCAGCAGCUCCAGAGGUUGAUCAUGGAAAUUAAAGAGGAGAGAACAUCAGAUGAGGCACAGCACUUUCUUCCUGCAACACAGGCAGACAAUCUUAGGGAGCCUCCGUUUACAAGUAUCCAGAGGAUUGCGAAUGAGUCAAAGCUGGAGUUUGUCCUUGCAUGCAAGGAUCUAGUGGCUACUGCCCGUGAUCGGAAGCUGAAUACAUUUGUACAGAUCUCAGUAGUACAUCCAGCAGAACAGACUUUGACGAGAUAUUCAAGCACUGAAAUUGUGGAGGGAACAAGAGACCCACUGUUUUUGACUGGUGUGACAUUCCCACCGGAAUAUCCUAUCUAUGAAGAGACUAAAAUAAAACUAACCGUCUAUGAUGUCAAAGAUAAAUCUCAGGACACAGUCCGCACCCGUGUCCUGUCUGAACACAAGGAGCCAAGAACAGAUGUCGGGCGAAACUUUCUGGGCUUGACUACUUUUAAAGUAGGAGACUUGGUGAAGUCAAAGGAACAACAGUUGACCCUUACCCUGAGAACUUCUGAUGGUGGAAAGACAGUUGGUACCAUAGACGUCAGCUUUGUGAAGAUGGGGGAGAUAGAGGAGGGGGAAGUAGACCACAUCACAACAGAUGUGCAGGGACAAAAGUGUGCACUGGUGUGUGAAUGUACAGCACCUGAAGGCAUAAGUGGUAAAGACAGCUUACCUCUAUUAAAUGCAGUGUUAAAAAACCCAAUCUGUAAAUUAUACAGAUUUCCCACUUCUGACAACAAGUGGCUGCAUAUCCGAGAACAGAUGUCUGACAGUACUCUUUCUUUCCAUGUUCCCAAGGAAUUGAUCAAUCUGAACAUAAAGGAGGAUAUGAGAAGGAAUCAGGACCUAAAAGAGCUAGGAGAACUUGCUCCACAUUGGGACAAUAUGCGUAAAAAUGUUAUUGCACACUGUGAACAGAUGCUGAACAUGUACCAGGACACUCUUGCAGAUCUUGGGAAACAUACAGGAUCUUCUUUCAAAUCAAGCUGUAGUAAAGGAGAAAAGACACUAGAAUUUGUUCCAAUAAAUCUCCAUCUGCAGAGAAUGCAUGUGCACAGUCCUCGGUUGAAAGAUGCUUUGUAUGAUGUCAUCACAGUGGGAGCCCCUGCAGCACAUUAUCAGGGAUUUAAGAAUGGUGGUCUUCGGAAACUGUUGAGUAAAUUUGAGGCAGAAAGGCGAAAUACUGGAUACCAGUGUAUUUACUAUUCACCUGAAAACACAGCCAAGGCAAAAGAAGUUCUCAGCAACAUCAAUCAUCUACAGCCCCUCAUAUCAAGCCAUGCAGACCAGCUGCUUAAUUCUGCAAGCCAGCAUUCUCCAGACAGCUUGAAGAAUUCUUUAAAGAUGCUUUCAGAAAAAACAGAGUUAUUUGUGCAUGCCUUCAAGGAUCAGCUGGUCAGAAGUGCCCUUUUAGCGCUAUACACAGCCCGUCCAGGUUGUGUCCUCAAGAAGCCAACUGUCCCCAGAAACAGUGUGGAAGGGUGUGGUGAUCAACAGGGUCAGGACCAUCCAUCUCAGAUCAAACGGCAGAACUCUAUACCUCACCAUUCAGAAUAUGAUGAAGAAGAGUGGGAUAGGGUGUGGACCAAUGUGGGGAAGAGUUUAAACUGCAUUAUUGCAAUGGUGGACAGACUGCUUGAAAAAGACAACAGCAGCAGUAGCAUUAAGGAAAGUGAAAAUGACCCUUCAUCUGCAGAUCGCAUGGUAUCACAUACAAGUGGUGACUGGUAUGAGCAGCUUUAUCCCCUCAUAAUUACACUCAAAGACUGCAUGGGAGAGGUGGUGACAAAGGCAAAGCAAUCAAUGACUUUUGUUCUACUUCAGGAACUUGCAUGUGGCUUGCCACAGCGUUUGAUGCUGACCCUACGAAGAGACAUCGUCUUUAGUCAAGCACUUGCUGGAUUGGUCUGUGGGUUUAUAAUCAAAUUGCACACAAGUUUACGUGAUCAAGGCUUCCUACAGCAGCUUCAUACUGUUGGGUUAAUUGUUCAAUAUGAAGGACUUCUCAGCACGUAUAGUGAGGAAAUUGGGAUGCUAGAAGAUAUGGCUGUGGGCAUUUCAGAUUUACAGAAAGUAACGUUUAAAAUAAUUGAAGCCAAAUCCAAUGACUUCUUGCCUGUAAUAACUGGAAGGCGUGAACAUUAUGUAAUAGAGGUCAAGCUUCCAGCAAAGAUGUUUGAGUUGCUGCCACAAGAGAUCAAAGAAGGAAAGCAGCUGCAUGUGUACCCAGUCCUCUUUAAUGUUGGAAUCAAUGAACAGCAAACACUUGCAGAGAGGUUUGGAGAUACCACUUUGCAAGAAAGUGUUAACCAGGAAAAUUUUGAACUUCUUAAAGAAUAUUACAAAUUGUUUACUGAAAAAAUGCCUCCUGAUUGCCUACCACAUUUUCAAGAACAGAAUGACCUAAAGGGAUUACUAGAAAAUCUCCAUCAAAAUAUCCAGGCUAAAAAAAGAAAGAAUGUAGAAAUCAUGUGGGUGGCUGCAACGAUUUGCCGCAAGCUAAAUGGAAUCCGUUUCACUUGUUGCAAAAGUGCCAAAGACAGGACAUCCAUGUCAGUGACACUAGAACAGUGCUCAAUCUUGAGAGAUGAACAUCAAUUGCAUAAGGACUUCUUUAUCCGGGCACUGGAUUGUAUGAGAAGCAGACAAACCCAGGGAGCACUGAAUGAGUCGGAUGAUCCUGAGACAGGCUGUCUAACUGAUAACAAGCCAACUUCUCGUCACUUCUAUCCUGUCGCCUUGCUGCUUGUCAGCUCACACUUGCUGGUUGUGUGGCUUAUCUUAAGUCUUGCUUUACUAUUAGCCAAAUAUCAAUAA